GUAGCAAACACACAACCAGCCGUCAUUGCCGUUGUCAUAGAGCAACGUUGCCCAAGUGUGAUUGCAGUCCUAAAAUUGGCCAUCGAAGAUGAAAUAGCCGCAGCUUGUCAAACGUUAUGCAGACGCUCCGAUGGCUCGGUUUUAUAUAGCAACAGGAACAGCUUCGAGACUUUGAAGGAAUUUGAUUUUGAUCGCGUUUGGACAGAAAUGAAAAGUAAUGUGCCUUUUUUCAUAGAGAUCAUGAAUGCCGUGUCUGGAAAGAACUUAGGAAUGGAAAACACCGAGCUUGAUGUGCGUGUCAAGUUCUGCUUUCUCUACUCGCUUCUUAUGAACAAAAGAUGGCAUGAGCUGAGUCUGUUGAAACGAGUUAACACAAUACUGAUUAUUGAGGGUGGAUGUACCAAGAAGGUU